CUCGGCUUCGAUACAGCUCCUCCCCUAUGUGGUGGCUCCCGCGACCAGCUCCUUGAACGUGAACAGUUUAGCUGAAGAGCGCUUUUCUAAAUACCCCAACAAUCUCACCGACUUCGGGAGGAGUUGGUCCUCGGUUGGAUAAGGUUUUCCUGCUCCGUGUGUUGGACCAAAAUCUCUAACUAUACCAGCAAUGGAUACUUGGCUUGGCUUCUGCCCAGGCUUGCACUUAAGUCUGUGUACCUGGUUUCUGAUCUCCGCUCAUACCCAGCUAAAUGCCAAGGCGGAGAUAACUUGCGCAUCGUGCCAGUCGCCGGUCCAGCUACACCUGAAGGAAUUACAGCUGGAUAUCGGUACGCACGCGGCUGAUGGUACUAGGCAGGCGGCCAGAGCUCUGGAACAGGUCCGGCUGGAGCGCCAGCUACUCGGAGUUACUGACCAAAAUACUGGAGUACCAAGCGACACCCAACAGGCAGGUGUUCUUGUGAAUGAGCCGAGAUUCAAUGACGAUGGAAUUACCCCAAAAGUCGCUCUGGAAGAUUUAACUGGGUCUAGUGAAAACGAAGAAAGGUACCGUGGGGAAUAUAAUAUUGGGGUGAAUGAUUUGGGUAAAGUCAAGGAUGGUGCUGAGGAUGUUGCGUUACGGAGAGCGAAGCGAAGCGGUCCCGAAACUCCCGAGUUUAGGGAGAGCCUUAUGACCGGUGGCCCCGGUUUAGAAGGAGAGACAUCGGAUGAGAGAAGGAGUCCUGGUCCGUUACUGGACGGACACAGACUGGGCCGAUCUGAAUUCAAGUGGAACAGGGACGAGGGUCGAGGGACUUCCAGAGGAGAUGAUCCCAAACUAAGCAGCACUACUUUCGCCUUGACCGGAGACUCAGCGCAUAACCACGCAGUGGUUUACUGGUCGGGGCAAAACAGCAGCGUGAUCUUGAUUCUGACCAAACUCUACGACUUUCACCUGGGGAGUGUUACAGAGAGCACCUUGUGGAGAUCAACAGACUAUGGAUCCACCUAUGAGAGGAUGAAUGACAAAGUGGGAUCUAAGACUGUGCUGAGUUACCUGUAUGUCUGUCCAUCCAACAAGAGAAAGAUAAUGGUGCUGACAGACCCUGAGUUUGAGAGCAGUGUGCUCAUCAGCUCGGAUGAAGGAGCGAGCUAUCAGAAAUACCGCCUCAGCUUCUACAUUCUAAGCCUUCUGUUUCAUCCAACACAGGAGGACUGGGCUCUAGCCUACAGCCACGACCAGAAGUUGUACGCAUCACUGGACUUUGGGAGAAAAUGGCAGCUGGUUCAUGAGCAUGUGAACAGGUUCUACUGGUCUGUAACGGGUCUAGACAAGGAGUCAGAUCUGGUUCACAUGGAGGCACACACCCCCAAUGGACGUAUACAGUAUGUAACAUGCCGGGCUCUAACGUGCUCAGAGCCCAACAGAAACUACCCCUUCCCUGGAUACAUCGACAUCAGCUCACUGGUGGUCCAAGAUGACUAUAUGUUUAUUCAGGUUACUACAGCAGGACAGGCCAGCUACUAUGUGUCCUACCAGAGGGAUCCAUUCCUCAAAAUCAAACUGCCCAAAUAUUCUCUGCCUAAGGACCUCCACAUCGUCAGCACAGACGAGCACCAGGUCUUCGCGGCAGUGCAGGAGUGGAACCAGAACGACACUUACAACCUGUACCUCUCCGAUACCCAGGGCAUCCUCUUCACCCUGGCCAUGGAGAACGUCAAGACCACCCGCGGCCUGGGGGGAAACCAGAUGCUGGACCUGUAUGAGGUAGCAGGUAUCAAAGGCAUGCUGAUCGCAAACAGGAGGCUAGACAACCAGGUGAAGACCUACAUCACCUACAACAAGGGCCGUGAUUGGAGGUUACUGCAGGCCCCGGCGACAGACCUGGCUGGCAACGACAUCCACUGUAUACUGCCCUUCUGUUCGCUCCAUCUCCAACUGCAGACGUCUGAAAACCCCUACCUGUCAGGCAGCAUAUCAACCAAGGCCUCAGCACCGGGAAUCAUAGUGGCCACAGGGAAUAUUGGGUCUGAGCUGUCGUACAAUAACGUUGGAAUGUUCAUCUCAUCUGAUGCUGGUAACAACUGGAGACAUAUAUUCGAGGAGGAACACAAUGUCUGGUUUCUGGAUAAAGGAGGGGCCCUUGUCGCUGUGAAACAACCAACCGUCCCCACUAGGCAUUUACAAAUCAGUUUUGAUGAAGGGCGUCAGUGGACCAGACACAGCUUCUCCUUGGUGCCUCUGUUCGUGGACGGGAUGCUGGUGGAGGCAGGGACAGAGAACCAGAUCAUGACGUUUUUUGGACAUUUCAGCCAUAGGUCUGAGUGGCAGCUUAUCAAGAUAGACUACAAGUCCAUCUUCAACAGGAAAUGUACAGAAGGAGACUAUCAGACGUGGCACCUUCACAACAAGGGCGAGCCGUGUGUGAUGGGCCAGAAACAGAUCUAUAUGAAACGCAGACCAGGAAACUAUUGCAUGCUGGGAAAAGACUACGCCAAAGUCCUCUCUGCUGAAUCGUGUAUCUGUCGGGCCCACGACUUUGAAUGUGAUUAUGGUUAUGAACGGCGUAGAGAAGGGAACUGUCUACCAGCGUUCUGGUUCAACCCAGCUGUUGUAUCAAGGAGCUGCAGCCAAGGACAGAAGUACCUCAACAGCACAGGGUACCGAAAAGUGGUGUCCAACAACUGCGUCAAGGGAGUCAAGGACAUGUACACACCCAGGAAGCAGAUGUGUCCCAACAGGGCUCCAAAAGGCCUUUCUCUCUCCACCAGAGAGGGCAAGCUUACUGCUGACCUGCACACCAACGUCACCUUCCUGGUGCAUCUGGAUGAGGGGGACUCAAUGAGAACCAACAUCCAACUGGAUUUCGGAGAUGGCACGGCAGUCUCCUACUCCAACCUGAGCUGGAUCGAAGAGGGUAUCAGACACGUUUACAAGACGGCUGGGAUAUUCCGUGUCUCGGCCUUGGCGGAAAACACCCUGGGAUUUGAUUCCACCACCUUGUACCUCCAUGUUACGUGUCCUGUGGAACAUGUCCAGUUGCUGGCUCCAUUUGUGGCCAUCAAGAACAAGGAAGUAAACCUAACAGCAGUGGUGUGGCCCAUCCACUCAAGGACCGUCACCUACUUCUGGUGGCUGGGGAACAACACUGAGCCGGUGAUCAGCUUAGACGGGAGCAUCUCGUACACCUUCACCAGUGAGGGAAUGAACACUGUUACGGUCCAAGUGUCUUCAGCCAACGCCAUACAGCAAGACACUAAGACGAUAGCAGUCCAAGAUUUCUUCAAAUCUCUGCUUUUAUCUUUCUCCCCUAAUCUGGACGAGUACAACCCUGAUGUCCCCGAGUGGAGACAGGAUGUGGGGAGAGUCAUUAAGAAGGCUCUGCUCCAAGUGUCAGACUUUCCAGAGGAUCAGCUGUUGGUUGCAGUGUUUCCAGGUGUGCCAACGGCCGCUGAGCUCUUCCUGUUACCACACAAGAACCAAUCAGAGGGCAGGAAAAAGAGCGAGGAGGAGCUAGAGCAGAUCUCCGAGAUACUUGCUAGUGCUCUGAACCAGAAUCUGGUGGAGUUUGAGCUAAAGCCAGGAGCAAGAGUAAUUGUUUACAUCACACAGCUAACUUUGGCACCCUUGGUGGAUUCCAUGCCGAGACACAGCAGUUCAGCCAUGCUGAUGCUCCUAUCAGUAGUAUUCCUGGGUUUAGCAGUGUUUCUCAUCUACAAAUUCAAGAGAAAAAUCCCCUGGAUUAACAUAUACGCGGAGGUGAACCAGGAGAAAGAGCAGGAGAUGAUCGGUUCGGUCAGCCAGAGCGACAGCACGCCUAAGAUCACCCUCAGUGAGUUCUCUACGGCCAAAGAAGUAAUGGAGAAGGAGAUGGACGCCAGGGUUAAACGGCGAAUUGGACAUGCCUGCGAGAGCACAAGGGAGAUUCCUAACUGUACUAGCGUGUAAAGCCAGGGAAGGAAUGCAACACAUGUGUACAGACAAAGUAUUGCCAUUUUGAGGGUUCUCUCUUUUUUGUUUUCUUUUGUAAAUUCUCAAACACAACACCAAUGUUAAUAGUUUUCUAAGGGCCUGAUUUAUACUGAUGUGCAUGGGUGUCUUGCUUGAUAGCAUCUAUGCGGCGAAUCUGAAAUCCACUCAACGAGACAAGUUUCAAUUACAAGUAUGAGCAUCUUAGGCCUACUGUUACGCAAUUUGGAUUAACAAGAAACGUUACAUUUUCAGUCCGUAAUUGUCUUAUUUCAUGGACUUUUUUCAAAGCCUUUAUCAAACCUAUGAAGAGAGUUAUGUAGAUUUCUUAAUGUUUUACUUUUCAUGAGGUAUAAGAGUUUUUGUCUGUUUGGGCCAUCAUGUCUGGGUCUCCGAUCUAACAGGGAAUAUUUUUGAAAAUGUACCAUAUUAUCUUUAGAUUUCAGUUAUCACUCUGUAUAUACUAUAUGUAUGUUUACUUUUCACACGCUUGUAGUAAAAGUACAAUGCCAAACACAGGAGAUCUAGUCAUGGCCUGUCAUCAGUUCUUAAAAGUGUGUUAAAAAGCAAGAUGUUACUUAUAGGAAGAGAUCAACUUUUUUUUAAUGAUGUCCUUGACUUGUGCAUGUUAUUAUUAAGGACGAGAUGUAUGUGUUGUAGAUAAGCAAGUUUUGUAAAUAGUUAUUUUCUAUUCAUUAAAAGAGCUCAGUCACUUUUACAUACAGUAUAUAUACAGACUUACAUAUUCUUCAUUUGGUUGAUUUAUGGCAUACAAUGUAUCUGACUUGUACAAAGGGUUUAACUGUUAAAGAUGGGCAUCAUUUUCUAAAUAUCAAACCAGGUUAACACAACGCCACCCCUGCUUGAAAUGAAGUAAAACACAUAAUUGGUGGUAAUUUUUCACCUGCAUCUCAAGGUUAAACUCUUUGUAACAGACGACACUAGCCAUAAACAUCAUGGGAUUAUUUCUAAUGUUUUCCCUUUGAAUGUAACGAGAAAAGUGGAAUCAACCAUUUAUGAUCCGUGGAUAUAAAUUGUGUCUGAUUCAUCAAGAUGAUCCCACAUUGUUGUCGAUGUCAAAUUGUUAUUACUGAUGAGUAUAUUGUUCAAGGCCCAUCAGCGUGUCAAGGACAAGUAUCUUGGGGGUAUUUUGCAGUUUGAUAGUUUAUCAAGUCCUUUGCUGGCAUCUAUUCAUAGAGUGUCCUGUCUCUGUAAAGCAUAUCAACUCAUAGAGUGUCCUGUCUCUGUAAAGCAUAUCAACUCAUAGAGUUUCCUGUCUCUGUAAAGCAUAUCAACUCAUAGAGUGUCCUGUCUCUGUAAAGCAUAUCAACUCAUAGAGUGUCCUGUCUCUGUAAAGCAUAUCAACUCUCAGAGUUUCAUGAUAAUCUCCUCAAACAUUAUCUCUCAAACAAUAUCUCCAUACAAGAAGGGAACAAAACAACUUUGUGUUGACUUUCCACUCAUCUGAUAAGGUGUCUGGAGUAAAAACUACACGAUACAAUGAUUUUAAACCACCAUCCCAUCCAUAUGAGUCUUAGCAAAUUAUCCCACUAUCAACACAUUUCAUCAGCUUCAUUUAGAAGUUAUAAACUUACUGUUGAGUCAAGUUCUACCACUUAAAUUCCCUAGCGUGGUGAAAUACACACAAUAGUAUAAAUGCUAGCUAGUAGCUAGUUUCCCCCACCACACUGCUGUGCAAUGCAGUCCUCCGAAAGCUGUCAUCAGCAAGAGCAGGAGCAGGAGCUUCAGUCAGCCAGCAGCUUGAAGGCACGGACAGGUCCCUGGCAGCAGGUGUAGCCAGUCUGGCGGUAAGCGGAGAUGAGUGGAUGAUUAAGCAGCGAAUUCACCAUGCCGAGCUAUCCCACAAUGCCAUGCCUGGAGUUAGCACAUGACGACACACAGAGGCAGGAAUGGCGGGAAUGUUUAGAGAAUGUUGCAGAAGGAAAGUGUUUCCCAUGAUCGUGUACAUAAGUGUGUUCAGUUGUAAAGGAAAGGGGUGGAGCUUCUGUGUCUGUAGUCCCUUGUUACAUUGUAACAAGAGUGGUGCUACAUUCUAAUAGGAUGGUUAUAGCAGCGACAAUCUAACGUUGUUAUGAUGCAUGAAACUCCAUCCACAGAGGCAUUCUUCCUGACAGGACAUAACAAAGCAACACUUUGUUUUGUUGAACGAUAAUUGCAUCAUCCUCACUCAUCUGACUGUCUCUAUUUUGUUUGUUGUUGACAACUCACUUUGAUGUUCUCAAUGUCACGCCGGCUUUGUUCAAAUACUUAUUAAAAGAAAACGGGAAUA